GCACAGCCAUCGAGAUGCGCAGAGGGACAGCUAGAGCGUCGCUCGCGAAGCCGGCUUCCGCUUUCUGAGUCUUCCUUCCCAAUAUGGCGCAGUCGGUUAACAUCACCGAGCUGAAUCUACCGCAGCUGGAAAUGCUCAAGAACCAGCUGGACCAGGAAGUGGAAUUCUUGUCUACGUCCAUUGCCCAGCUCAAGGUGGUACAGACCAAGUAUGUGGAAGCCAAGGAUUGUCUGAACGUGCUGAACAAGCACAACGAGGGGAAAGAAUUACUCGUCCCCCUGACGAGUUCUAUGUAUGUCCCUGGGAAGCUACAUGAUGUGGAACACGUGCUCAUCGAUGUGGGAACUGGCUACUAUGUAGAGAAGACAGCUGAGGAUGCUAAGGACUUCUUCAAGAGGAAGAUAGACUUUCUCACGAAGCAAAUGGAGAAAAUCCAGCCAGCUCUGCAGGAGAAGCAUGCCAUGAAACAGGCUGUCAUGGAGAUGAUGAGCCAGAAGAUUCAGCAGCUCACAGCCCUGGGAGUGACUCAGGCUGCCAAAGCCUGAGAGCUUGUUUCAGAAAUGGGGCAGAGGGACCUGGGACUUUUUUGGAGGGAAGAGAAGGGCUUUGGAUGUUUAAUGCUAAUAAAUGUUCCACCUGGGCAGAAA